AUGAACUUGGCGAUACUGCGGCUGCGGCGGCAGUAUGGAUUGCCGCUGUUACUCCUGCUGACACUGCUGCUGCUGUUGCUGCCCCAUCUGCCCGAAGCAAGCUCCUUUUCAGUGGACUUAACCCCCCGUUUUCGCAGGGGACUAUCAGACGCCCUUGGAGGGGUUUCCCGCCCUGCGUUCCAGCAGAUCCCCCAGCAUCUUGCAGAGGGACCGCCGACGCGCCCUACUGGUGCCACCCGGGCGGAAUUACACAGACAUAUUGCGCUACGUCUUAAUUCCUGUACAUCAGUGCCUCUAGGAACCGCCGCAGCAGCACCGGCUAUACCAUCAGAUACAGAUGCAGCUGCAGUAUUGAGUGAUGAGGUGGGGGAAACCGCUGUCGUCUCUCCUGCAGCAAAAGCUGCAGCCGAUAUCGAAACUGCCUACACAAAAGUGAUCGCUGCAGCAGCAGCAGCGUUAACCUCUGAUUCCUUGAACAAUAGCAGUAAGAAUAGCACCAGUCGCAACAGCAGCCAUGACGACGGCGCCGGUGCCUCCCGUUGGUGGACUGCAGCUAGGUCUGAAGCAGUUGAAGCAGCCCGUGUUUCUUUCUUAACGAAAGUUGCAGAUGCGUUUGGUCUUCAGAGUGUAGACGAUGCAAGUGGUGUGGUAUAUGUGCACAACAGCAGCAGCGGGAGCAGCGCGAGGCUGCUAGUAGACCGCCAACUGCUGCUGCGGCUGAGGGGAGAGCAGCAGAAGGGCAGCUGGUCUCUCCACUUCCUGGGAACCGGAGCGAUGCAGGCCUCGGCAACUCGGGGGACCUCUUGUAUAUUGUUUUCCCGUGGAGACGGCUCUGCCUGGCUGUUUGAUUGCGGAGGGGGUCCCUCCCCAACCCACGCUGCCACUGCCAGUCGUAGGGCUCCAGCAGGAGCAGGUUCAGUAGUAUCUGAAGCAGGUGCCGUAGGAGACCCUGAAAGCAGGUUGCAGCGGGCAGUCGCUGUUGCUGUUGCUGAGGAGGCCAUUAUGAGGACAAGCCCGGAGGUUGCUGCUGUGCUGCAGCAGCAGCACCAGCAGGAGACGAGGAAGAGACGGAUGGGUGUGGUUCAACGGGUUUUCGUGACGCAUCUUCACGGGGACCACUGCCUGGGCCUCCCUGCGUUUCUGUCUCAAAUUGCGCAAGACCCAGAGGAGGGACCCAGACACAUCGAGAUCGUGGGGCCCGAGGGGCUUCGCAACCUUCUUCGUUGCAUCUUGCAUGGCACCAGUGCGCGUCGACUGCCCUCGUUUUCGGUCGUCGAGCUGCGGGCCGUCCCCCACCUUCACCACAGGCGAUCGCGGUCCAUCCGCCUGCCAUUUUUGCCUCCGGCCCCGUCAGAGACCGUGGGAAGGGGGGACAUUGAACCAAACGCCGAUGGCAGUUACGUGGCCUUUGAAGACUCCGAGAUACUUGUCACGGCUGCGCCAAUAAGGCACCUGGUGCCUUGUGUGGGAUACGUGCUGACGGAGAAGAAGUCACGCCACCGCCUUCGGGCCGACGUUAUCGAUCCUGUCAUUGAAAAGAACUAUCGAAGCCUGAAAGAUCUUGACAAGUGGCCACAGCUCCGCGGGGAGCCCAAGGCUGUGUACAAGGCAAGGCCUCUUCUCGCUGAACUAAAACCUGGCGACGUCUUUACAUUCCCAGAUGGGACCCAAGUUGGACAUUCCGAUAUAUUCCUCGAGGCCCCCCACCCAAGGAAGAUAUGCUUCGCAUUUGACACAUGCGACGCCUCCCGGUUACUCCCGUUUGCUCAUGGGGCGGACAUUCUCGUGCAUGAAGCGACGAUGAGCGGUGUGAAGGGAACGUCAUGCAAAUCGGAUCCCUAUUCAGAUACGUUGCUUCCGUUGGCUCCGCCGAUGUUGGAGAAGGGAGAAGGCCUAUAUAAUGGGUACGGGGAGGGUACAGGUUGCAGUGCAAAGGACCUCAUGGGUUCCCAGGUCCAGACUGCAAGUGAGGCAGCGUUCGAGAGGGGCCACUCCUCUGCGGCAAUGGCAGGCAGCUUCGCAUUUCGCGCGGGCGCUGCCCGGUUGGUGCUGACGCACUUCUCCCAAAGGUACCGGGGGGACCCAGCUCUGCGCAGUGUUCUUGCGAUGGAACGCGUAGAAGACGAGGCCAGACGGGCCUACGAUAUAGAGCGGCAGCUGCAGAAUGCCCCUGAUGUGCCUCCCUUAAAAGUGACGGCCGCCUGGGACGGACUCGCUGUGGUACUACCCCAGCGCCCGCACCUGCGUGCUGAACACGCUCGGAAGGCUUAA